CCGGAUCCAACAGUUGUGUUCCCGUCUUCUAAGCCGUACGUCACCGCGCACGUGACCCAAACGAGUCGGCGAAGGGGAUGUCGGCGCAGGACCUGCCACCUGCGAAGAGGCCUGUCGAGGAGGAAGAUGAUGAGGAGGAGACACAGGUGAAAAAGAAGAAAAGGGCUGAGGAGGUGCCACAGCGCAUGGACUGCCCAUACCUCGGUACGAUCAACAGGCAUGUCUUGGACUUCGACUUCGAGAAGCUCUGCUCGAUGACCUUGUCGGGGGAGAACGUCUACUGCGACCUGGUGGACGGGAAGUUCUUCCAAGGUCGCGGGAAAGACACCCCCGCGUACCGCCAUGCCCUGGAGAAAGGCCACUACGUGUGGAUGAACUCGGCUGACGGCAAGGUCUUCUGCAUUCCCGAUGGUUAUGAAGUGGUGGACAAGUCCUUGGAGGAUAUCAAGUACAACUUGCAUCCCAACUUUGACGAAGAGGAGAUCGAGUUCAUGUCGACUCGGGUGCGAUACUCCAAAGCUCUGGAUGGGACAGACUAUAUCCCUGGCUGCAUUGGUCUCAACAACAUCCAGGACUCUGACUACCAGAAUGUCAUCAUCCAGAUGCUUUGCACAGUGAUCCCGCUGCGCAACUACCUCUUGGGCUACCAGCCCCCCUCGGAGCGGAAGCCGGAUCCAGUGCUGGCCACCAUUGCGCAGCUCUUCCGGAAGAUGUACAAUCCCAGGAACUUCAAAGGGGUGGUGUCACCUCACGAGUUCUAUCAGGCGGUGGGCCGUGUCACUCAAAAGAAGUUCUAUGCAAAGCAGAUGGACCCCGUGGCCUUCUUUAGCUGGCUCAUGGGCUAUCUCCACCGGAAGACCAAGGACAAGAAAGGCCACUCGCUGCUCCACGACGUCUUCCAGGGCGAAGUCCAGGUGAAGCUGUGCCCCGCCCACGAAGAGAGCCGGAUCACCGAGUCCAAAGAAAAAACCAUGUUCAUGACGCUGGAAUUGCCGGAUGAACCUCUCUUCAAGGACAAUUUGGACUUCAUUCCGCAGGUGCCACUGUUCAACCUUCUGGAGAAGUUCAAUGGUGAGAAGCCCUUCGAAAAGAUUGCCAAGGGUGGUGAGUCCCGUGAGAUCCGGAGGUAUAGCUUGCGGCGGCUGCCUCCAUAUGUGAUUUGCGUGGUGAAGCGCUUUAGAAACAACAACUUCUUCGUCGAGAAGAACCCUACCAUCGUCACCUUUCCAUUGAAAGGCCUGGACCUCCGUGAUUACAUCCAUCCAGAUUGCCAGCCGGCCAACCCCGAGACCAAGUACGAUUUGGUGGCAAAUGUUUGCCAUGAUGGAAAGCCGGAGAGAGGAACUUACAAAGUGCAGGUCUUUCAUCAGCCAACCUCGCAGUGGUUUGAGAUUCAUGACUUGCGAGUCACGCCGGUGCUGCCGCAGAUGGUGGCGCUCACGGAGAGUUACAUCCAGGUGUAUCAGCGGCAGGACGUGAAGCCUGAUGGCUCCUUCGGGAAGUUCGACGCGGAGAUCCCAGAGCUCUUGGCGGAGGCGGACCCUGGCGUGGCCGCCGAAAUCGAGAUGGCGCCCGAGGACUUGGCGGAAGCCGGUAUCAUUAUCGGUUGAGCGGAUGCACGGGAGUUUUCCAAGCUGCCUUUUUUUUGGGCCUCCGCUUUGGUUCAGAGAUUUGGC